AAUGAAAGUUAUUGGCAAUCAAACGAAAACAAAUUUUCAAUGAUAUAAUUUUUUUAAAAAUUUUGCGAGUCAGUAACUAAAAGUAAUAAUAAAUAAGGUUCCGCACUAACUUUUAUUUACAAUAUAGUUAUAUUUUUGUAUAUUUUAUGAAAUUGGAGCUAUUUUUAUAUAAAUAUACGUAAAGUUGAUUGUUAGUGUUAAUUUUCUUGUAUUAAAGUAUAAUCACAGUUUACAGAGUUAUUUUAUUGUUUGAAAUUGCGUGGAAAUGAUACAAUGACAGAAUCUGUAUUGACAGAUUUUUCAAAUGAAUCCUCAGUUCCUGAACUCAAUGAUGAAAUUUUACUAUCUGAGACUUCUUUUCAACAAUCAUUACAACUACAAGUAGAUUCUGGCACUGAAGAUGAUUCUGAAAUACUUUAUCAUAUUGACAACAAAUACAAAACUUAUAAUUCAGCAAAGAGAUUUUUUAACAGUUAUGCAUCAAAAACUCGAGUCAAAUCUAAGAAACCAUGCACAGAUGAGAUGUCUUCAAAGGAAUAUUUCACAUUACAGUUUUAUAAUGAUUCAGAUACUAAAGUUGAUGCUGAAAAGGUUCCUGUGUUCAAGGGAAAAUCCCUCAAAGAAGCUGUUGAAAUACUUCUCUCAAAAAGAGAUCUUAGUUUUAAUACCCAUUCAGUGUUUUUGGAAGCAUCAAAAACACCUCUUCCUCUUGCUUUUGAUUCAUUUCCUCUUGGUGGAAAUGUUCUUCAUGUAAAAGCUAACCAAGAAAUGCAAAUUGAUGAGCGAAUUAUUAUGCUUAUGAAAGGAUCAGAGGAUAAAAUGCUGAGUGGACACAGACAAAAAAAAACUGAAAUUAAUGAAAGUAGUAUUCAUAAUGGCAAAUUUACUCCAGUCAAUGGAAAGUUGAAUCGUAAAACAGGAUUAUUUAACAGCCUCAAGGACAUGAGUCGUAACAUUUCUGAUAUGUUAGCCCAACAUACAAUUGACAAUUUUGAUAAUGGUGAUAAUAACGAUUCAGAAUUUGACAAUGAGGUGUUCUUAGAAGAUUCAUGGACUGAUGUUAUUACUGAAGUAUCUGAACUUUCACCAGAGUGUAGAAUUCAACAAGAAGCAAUAUGGGAAUUGCUAAUGACAGAAAAAAACUAUAUUCGUAAAAUUCGUGUUAUUAUAAAAGUUUUUCAAAAAUAUCUGGUUAAUUUGCAGGAGAGUGGCAUUUUAACAGAGGUUGAUCCAAACAAGUUAUUUAGUAAUAUUUUAGAAGUAUAUGAAGCAAAUAUGGUUUUCUGGACAAAACAUCUAAACUUAGUGGUAAAAGAUGUUCGUAGAACUAAACAAACAAUCAACCCCUUGCAAUUGCUUGAUUCAUUUUCAAAUUUUGAUGAAAUUUUUAAUCCAUAUAUUCAUUAUUGUAUGGAAGAAGCAAACUGUGUAAAGUAUUUGAAAUCAUUGAAAAGACAAAAUGAAUUUUUUGUUGAAUAUCUCUCAUGGUGUGAAGAAAAUCAUCAGUGCAUGCGAUUAAAACUUGCAGAUCUUUUGGUAAAGCCUAUGCAGCGAAUAACUAAGUACAACCUUCUUCUAAAAGUUAUUCUGCAUAAUACACAUGAUCAAGAAGACUGUUUGGCCUUAGAGAAUAUGAUUACUCAAGUGGAGCAGUUUGUUAGAAAAAUCAAUACAACUCUUCGGUUACGACAAGAGGAGCAAAAACUUGAUGCCGUUCUUGAAAAGUUAGAACUUUAUUUACCCAUUGAGUCAGCAUCUGAUGAAAUUGAGAAGCAUGUUGCUGAGUACUGUAAUUUUGACUUACGAGCUCGCAUACCAGGAUUAGCAGCUCAUGAAAAAAGAUUUCUUUUAUAUGAUGGUCCAAUGAAGAUUGUUGAAAAGAACGGGAGGAUUGAUGUACAAGCGUUUCUUUUUACUGAUGUACUUAUUAUGACAAAACCAAAAAGAGGUGGAGAAAAAUAUCGUAUAGUUCGUCAACCGUAUUGUUUAAGCAAAGUUGUUUUACAUGUCCUUGCUGGCUCUUUGCUGUUUGUUUAUCUAAAUGAGUAUGGUGUUAUGUCUACUGCAUUUACAUUGCUUUUAAAUCCUAAUGAACAGAGCAAAUGGAUUGAAGCUAUAGAUAAGGCUAAAACAUUGUAUGAAAAAGCACGCAAAGGAAAUGGAUCAACAUUAGAUUUUUUUGAUGACGAUGUCACUCUGCCUUCAUUAAGUGCUCAUAGCCAUUCCCCAAGUUCAUCACCUUUAUUGUUUCAGCGAAAUAAUUCUGAUACAGCUUGCAAUUUGCUUGAAAAUUAUAAAGAUGAACUUUCAUCAUAUCGUUAUAAUUGUAAAAGUAGUGAAGGAAUUAUAGGUCAAGAGCAUUCAGUCAAACGCUCUCUAUCAGAUCCCAAACCACGUGCACUACAAUCAGUAUAUGGAGAAACUACUGGAAAGAAAACUAAAAAUAGGCCUGCUUCUUUUGUUAGUACUAAUGAUAAAGCCUCAUGGGUUUUAACAGAUCGCGAAUUAUCAGGAUCGUUACUUGGAAGCGUAUUAAGUCGACGCUCGUCAGGGUUAGGAGAUAGCUUUCGUAGUGUUAAUUCUGAUACAUGUCUUGGCUCACAUUUUACGGACUUGCAAAAUUUUCGCAAUUUUUCUGAUAUUUCUAACUCUGAGAAAAUAAAAAAGUUUGGAGUAUCAGAUCAUUUAACAAACAUUACAGUUACAAAUCAGUCUCAUUCCUUAAACAACGUUUCUGAGCUCACAAAUAAAGACAUUGAUUUAAACAGUUCUAUUGGUUGUAAUCAAAACCAUUAUUCUUUACAGUUUCCGAAAUUUAUAAUUAAUGGUGACAACAAAGAAGAAUUGGAUCACGGUACUUGCGUUGAUUCAUCCAAAGUUUUAACCACAGAUGAUAGUAUUCAUAUAAAUAGCUCUACAGAAAAUAUAGUUAAAAAACAGUUAAAAACAAAAUAUUUAAAUAUUUGUGUUAAAUGUAAUAAAAAAACUGCUGAUUCAUCUACACAAUAUGACGAAUGUGACUUUAAAACCACUCAAAAAAACUUUUGUGACAUCAGUUUACAAACUGAUUAUACCUAUCAAAAUGUUGCUACCCAAUGUGGUGAUUUUAUACAUUUAAAUAGUUAUAUAGAAGAUAGCAAUUUAGGUAUAGAAACAGCUAACAGCAGUAUUAAAGACAUAACAUAUAGAGGCAACAGUACACCACUUCUAGAUAUGUUAGCUAAUUCUUUGAGGGAUCACCCAUCUUCAUAUGUUAAAAAUGACUCACUAUGGGAAAAAAAAGGAAAACUUAAACAUGCUUAUUCUGAAGCUAAUAUUUUUCAUGCAAAAGAUCAGUAUGACAAUGUUAUACAUUUUCGAUCACGUAGUGAUGAACAGCAUGUGCCUCUAAAACGAAAGAACAGUUCUCAAAAUGAUGGACCUGGUAUGAGAGCUCUACUAGUAUUAUCUGAAUCUCUGGAAUCUUCUUUGCAACGUUCAUCUAAUUCUCAGAUUUUUUUUGAAAAAGAACCCGAACGUUCAAUAACGAAAGGAUUUGUAACGAAGUCAAACAACGCGCAAGUUUCGCCAUUACAGAAUUCAAAUAAAAAUAGCGCGCAAAUUUCGCCUUCUAAUAAUAAAACGUUGCAAAGUUCUACUUUAUACGUUAUUCCAAAAGUCGAUUAUUUAGAUAAAGCAGAUAAUCCUACAAAUAAAAAUGUAGUAUUGCGGAAUAAGCCAGUAGUUAAUUACGACAAUAAUGUAAGAAACACAUGGAAUGAAGUUGAUUCUUUAGCCGCCUUAGAGCGUAUAGAAUUUCUGGAUGCAAUAGAACAUCGUCGGUCUUCAUUUGAUCAUCGACCUACACUCGAUCACAGCAUAUCUCAAUCACAAGCUGAUAUAUUUGAUCAUUCAAAAAAAAAGAGCUUUAAAAAAGAAUUUUUUAAACGAUUCUCGCUUUCUCAAAAUUUUUCUCACAAAUCAGAUCUUUCUCAUAAACAAGAUUCUAACAAAAAAAAAUUUAAAGAAAAAUUUUUUAAAAAGAAAGAAAAGAAGCAAGAAAAAGAAGAAAAUAAUUUUCGAUGAACAAAUGUCGACGUAAAAACCAACGAGAUUUAGAUCUUUUAAUUUAAUUGGAUCUUUUCUAUGGAUUGAAUAUUUCAAUAGCUUAAAUUGGUCGAUGCUAAAAAAGCGCCAUAAAUAUUUUUUUAGUUUUAAAUUGUGUAAAAUUUCGAUUACGCUGAUAAAAACUUUCUUAUUUAAUCAUUAGAUUUUCGUACUAAUAAAUUUUUUGAAUCAG